AUGAUGCUCAUGCGGAAGCUGGUUUGGCCGCUGCUAGUCUCAGUCCUGGCGACAGUAGCAGCGGCGGCAGAUUCGAGCUCGGCCGUGGCGACUGGCACAACUAACACGGCUUCGACGACGACAUCCACCGGCAUCGCGACUCAUACGUUUCAAGUUGGUCCGAAGUCUGACCCACAUCAGUAUGUGCCGACCAACAUCACGGCGAAUGUGGGCGAUGUCGUUGUGUUUGAAUUUUAUCCGACAAACCACUCCGUCGUCAAGGCGGAUUUCCUGUCGCCUUGUGUGCCAGCAAGUGCGCCUAUUUUCUAUUCGGGAGCCUUUGAUGACUUUAAUGAGAAUGAAGGGCAACUGGUCGGGCCGCCCACAUUCUUCUAUUGCACUGCAAUAGAUUCGUGUCAGAAAAAUGGCAUGGUUGGCGUAAUAAAUCCGAACUCAACUCAAACCUGGCAGGCACAGUACGAGAAAGCCCUCAAAUACCCCUACAUGUUAGUACCCGGACAAUCAAUGCCAGCAGAGGGCGACGGUGGCAACUCCGACUCAGGUUCAGACAACUCCGACUCCGGGGGAAAACACGGUCUCAGCACAGGUGCUAUUGCGGGUAUUGCCGUAGCAGGUGUGGCUUUCCUGGCAAUUCUAGGGGCACUGUUCUUUGUCCUCGGUCGAAACCGCGUAUACUCCCGGUGGGUGUCAUCGCAAGACGGUCGGACCGAACGUACCCGCCGCUGGGCGUUGUUCAACCACGACGACCAAUACAGCGCCGGCAAUCGCAAGAGUGAGAUCGGAAGCAACGCCCCCAAGCCAGGCCAUAUCGACAUCAGUGCGGUUUCUAGCCCGGACCCCACUGUCCGAACUUUCUCCCCGGGGGUGGAAAAUGUUUCCGGGCACGGUGGUUCUCCGUCUACACAACAGGGUCAUUGGAGUUGGAAUGAGCCACCUGUGCCGGCACGCUCGUAUGGGGCACCGACAGAGCUUGAGGGGCAUCCGGUUAUUUGGGAAGCUCCAGGUAGUACGCCUGGUGGUCGGUUUUGA